AUGGCGAAGUGGCCUUCAAGUUGUCUUGUGGGUGUUGGCAUGAUCGAACUGCGACUGGCCAGGUCGCCAUACUCCACGGAUUGGAAUAUUGGUUUCAGCGCCGAUAUGAGCGAACACUUGGUGUGCAGGAAGGGGCCGGUUAGAACGACAGACGAUUGCCCAGCACAGGCCAAGGGACUGCUUGCAUGGGUGUGGACAGGACCCAUCGGCUCAGCCAAUUGCUUGUCGGAAGUGUUGAGGAUUAGCGCGCCAGCUUCCAGCCAGCGGCCAGGGCUUCAGCGACGAGAAGCAGAGUUCCAGGCGACGCGUACUCGUGGCCUGAAGUGUUAUUCUUAUUAUACCGAAGACACAGAUCGCACCUGCCCGCCCGCCGCUCCCAGCAUGGGAGUAAGGCAGCAGAGAUCGAGGACGUACGGCACAAUAGUUGUUAAGCGAUGGCUGGAUGUGAGACCUUUGGUGUGCCCUCAGACUGGGUACGAGUCUGCACUUUCAUGCGGCGAGGAUUUGCCGGUCACGGACAAACGAUCGAUCGUUGUCACCUAUAUAUAA